CACUAUUGAUGAGGGGAGUGGAACCUCAACCCAGCACAUUAUCGUGAUAGAGUCUGCAGAUGCAGAGGCUACAGGUCCUGGGGUCAAGCUGGAGAAGACUGAAGGAGAGGUGGAACCACGGCAAAGCAGAGACAUCCAGACUGGAGCGCCCCCUGUAGCCACAAAGGACCCCACCAUCGCCCCAGCGCCGCCCAGGACCCGACGUAGCAUCACAGAGGAUCUGACCCAGAGAGACUGGUGCCACUGGGCUGUCCUCCUGCUCCCGCUCCCGGCUCAGAGUACUCACCGGUAUUUCAUCAGAUCCAGAGGACGGUUCAUUCCCAUGGUGAUGGUGACGCUUUAGACACUGGGGUUGAUCUGUCUUGUUCUUACGCUACAGAGAUGGACCCUGACAACAUGACCUUGGGUUUGGAGACACAGACUGAUCUGUCUAGAAGGGACUGGAACCAGUACAGUAGUACUGUAUACUCUGAAGGGUGCCUAGAUAAGAAAGGGGAGGUUAUAGUGGUAGAUGAGGUGAAAGUGGAGGGCCACGCUCCUCCCACAUGGAAUGCAGAUAGUCACCUAGGAGACGGACACUUACAGGGCAGAGAUUUCUUAGAUUACAGGGGAAGUUCAGAGACAAAUCAACAUUUUGUCACCCACUCCCCUUUACACACGCUCAGGGAUCGCGACCCAGUAUCUACGUCGAUGGGGCCUCCUGAUUCACAUGGCCACGUCCUUUUCGAUCAGGUAUUGAACUCAAUCGACAGGGCUAGAGCCCAGGCUCAGGGAGGGGGAGCAACAUCAGGCAAUAGUAAAGAGAAACGGUUCCUCUGCAUGUUCUGUAACAAAGGUUUCAGCUGCCCCCAGAAAGUGGAGAUCCACCAGAGGGUCCACACAGGGGAGAAACCCUUCAGCUGUACCCAGUGUUACAUGUGCUUCGCCCAGGCUGGUGAUCUGAAGAGGCACCAGAUGGUCCACACAGGGGAGAAACCAUACAGCUGCCCCCAGUGUGAGAAGAAGUUCUCCCGCCAGCACCAGCUGAAGAGGCACCUGAAGGUCCACACGGGAGAGAGGCCGUUUGCCUGUGCACACUGCAGGAAGAGGUUCUCAGAGAGAAGCUACCUCAGGAUACACCAGGAGAAAAACCAUUCUACUCUAUAACAUAGAAAGUCACCAUUCCACUCGAUACCAUCUGACGUUUAGAUCAAACCCUGCAUUAAAUACAGAUUAAUUGUAAUUGUUGUCAACAGAAAAUACCCACAGAUGCAUUUGAAAUAACGAGAGUAACCGAUUUCAGUGUUCAAUAUUCCUGGGUAGAAUAUUGCAUCCAGUGUGAUAUACACUGAGUAUACAAAACAUUAAGAACCUCUGCUCUUUCCAUGACAGACUGACUAGGUGAAGGCUUUGAUCACUUAUUAAAUCAACUUCAAUCAGUGUAGAUGAAGGGGAGGAGACGGGUUAAACAAGGAUUUUUAAACCUUGAGACAAUUGAGACAUGGAUUGU